UGCGCAAGCGCACCGAGUCCACAUGUUUUAGGACGGAGCGUGUUUUUAGCUAAAAGGAGUUACCGUUAUCAUGUGGAAGUAGGUGUGCCACGCUCUUUAUUGUCGUUGCCUUCCUCGUGUUGGGCUCCUGUGAGUCUUUUAGCCGCGGUUUCCCAAACCGAUCGACAAAAUCUGCUCAGAAAAAAGCUAAAUUUUAAGGAAAGCUAAUUAGCUGGCUAGCUGAGCCCGCUGUAGUGCAGCAGCAUGGCAGCUGUGUUGGAGCUGGUCGCUGGCAGCUAUGAACAGAUCACCUUCGGUUAUCAAAUGAAAACUGACGAAAAGGAGUGGACAGCCAAAGCAGAAUUCACGCAUCACGCUCACAUAGCUUCAGUAUCUGCCGUGGCCGCCUGUGAGAGGUUCGUCGUGACGGGAAGCAGAGAUGAGACCAUACAGGUGUAUGACAUGAAGAAAAGAAUCGAGCACGGUGCUUUGCUGCAUCAUGACGGCACAAUCACUUGCCUCGAGUUUUACGGGACGUCUCACUUACUGAGCGGGGGAGAGGACGGACUCCUGUGUGUGUGGAGCACGAAGAAGUGGGAGUGCAUGAAAUCCAUUAAAGCUCACAAAGGUCACGUCACAUCGCUGUCCGUCCAUCCAUCUGGGAAACUUGCGCUCUCAGUUGGGACAGAUAAGACUCUGAGAACCUGGAAUCUCAUUAAUGGAAGAUCAGCGUUCAUCAAAAACAUAAAACAGAAUGCACACAUUGUCAGGUGGUCACCAGACGGAGACAGAUUUGUGGUUGUGAUGAACGACAAAGUGAUCAUCUACAAACUUGAGACGGCCUCUGUGACGGGAACCAUCACGAACCCCAAGAGGAUCUCAUCUGUAAAGUUUUUAAAUAACUCCAUCCUGGCCGUUGCAGGAGACGAUGAAAUCGUGAGGUUAUGUGAGGUGGGGAAAGCAAAAUGGGUGUGUGAGUUCAAGGCUCACGAAACCAGAGUGAAGGCAGUUGAUAGCGUGAGUAUGGACGAUUACUUUGUGGUGGUGACGGCUUCGAAUGAUGGAUUCAUCAAAAUGUGGAAAAUUCAUCUUGAAGAGGAGCUGGAGUCUCCCACCCUCCUUGGGGAAGUGAACACAACAGCCAGACUGACGUGCCUCGCUGUGAGGAGACCUUCAUCGGUGCAGCAGCAGAUCGCUGAGGAAGAAGCACCUCAGGCAACAACAUCUGAAGAACCCGUUCCUGAAGUUCCAAGGAGGAAGAGAGUCCAGAUUGCAACAGAAGAAGUUGUCCUGGAGGAGGAGAGCAGACCCAAGAAGAAGAAGAAAAAGAAUAGUGGAAAAUAGAAUAAAAUAUUUUAUUGCCCAUGC